UAACCUGACUCUCCAAAAAGUGAUAAAAAACUACAUUAACGGUUAUCCAAUCCCUUUCCCCCCUCUCAAUUUCACCUUUCCGCCAUGCGCAUGCACCAUGAUCAUCAGAUGAAACUUUCCUCGCGCGUACAAAAUUCCCCCGUUAAUGGUGAACACCGCCCGCCUCUUCGAACCCUCCGACCUCUUCAACAAUGGUCUUAUCGUAUGCCAGAAGAAGCCGAAGGAGCACUCCUACGGUAUUUUCUAUGGCGAAAAUCCAUUGGAUUUCACUUUCCCCCUUGUCCUGUUGCAGAUGUCGCUCGUCAUCCUCGUUACUCAUCUUCUCCAUUUUCUGCUCAAGCCCUUCCGACAACCUAAGAUUGUCUCCGAGAUUCUUGGUGGGAUUAUACUCGGACCGUCUGUACUAGGCCGGAACGAGAAAUACCGUGCCUACAUGUUCCCGGUUAACUCCUACUACAUGAUUAGAAACAUAGGAGUUGUGGGGUUCAUGUAUUUCUUCUUCUUGGCCGGAGUGAAGAUGGACAUUACUGUAAUAACUCGAGCACGAAAGAAACAUUGGUACAUCGGUCUGGCUGGAGUAGUGGCACCCUUCUGUUCUAGUCUAACCAUCGCGUUUCUGGAAAGAAAAUCGCUCGAUAAGGAAACCGCAAAAGCUUCCUCUAUUUGGGGGAUUAGUUCGUCUCUCUCCAUGGCAUCUUUCCCUGUUCUGUAUCCUAUAAUCAGAGAGCUCAAUCUACUCAGCUCUGGAAUCGGAAGAAUGGCUUUGUAUACAGCAAUUGUCAGUGAUGUAACGGGGAUGAACACGCUACUUAUAUUCGAGGCUUGGAAACAAGGCGAACACAGGGCUAUCGUAGCUUUAUGGUACGUUGUUUGUUUCAUGGGCAUUGUUACGUCCAUUGUGGGUGCCGCCAGGCAGGCCAUGCUGUGGAUUGUCCGAAAUACCCCUGAAGGGAAGCCGGUGGAUCAGAUAUACGUGGUCACUAUCUUGGCUGCGGUUAUGGUCGUUGGGUUUAUUGCUGACAUGUUCGGGCUAACCAUAGUCAACGGGCCCCUUUGGCUUGGUCUUGCUGUGCCCGACGGCCCCCCCUUGGGGGCCAUUGUUGUCGAGAAGAGCGAGACGUUCGUGAGGAAUAUUUUCAUGCCGUUUUCGUUUUUGUAUAUAGGCAUAAUCUUCGAUUUUUCGUAUGUGAGCGAGCAGUGGUCUCAGUUGAAACCGUUUGUUCUCAUGGUUUUGGCCGCAUUCGUGGCGAGACUGGUUUCGACUCUCGUUGCUUCUCGUUUCUUCGACAUGGUGGUGAAAGACAGUCUUGCCCUUAGCCUGAUAAUGAGUUUGAAGGGGGAGGUGGAUAUUCUGCUGUUUCUCCACUUGACAGAUAGAACGAUAAUAGGGCGGGAACAUUUCACCAUUAUCGUGAUAACUGUAGCGUCCGUGACCGCCUUAGUGACACCCUUGAUAAGUAUACUCUACAACCCCACAAGACCAUACAUGGUGAACAAGAGAAGAAAUAUCCAACACUCCCCUCCGAACACUGAACUCCACAUUGUCGCUUGUAUUGACGGUGAAGAAAAUCUCUCCGGCGUAUUGAAAUUACUAGAGGUCUCGAAUCCAACUGUGAACAGUCCUAUAUCAGUCUACACUCUGUACAUGGUCGAACUCGUCGGCCGUUCGAACCCAGUUCUCAUUGACCACAAAAAAGAAAACCAAGAACAAGUAGUAUCGGAUAACUCAAACUUCAGUUCAAUUCAGCACGCAUUGAGAAUUUUCCAGGAGACAAGAGGCGAGUGCUUGAAGAUUAGUUCCUACACAACAAUCACUUCCAAGAAAAGCAUGUAUCAAGACAUUUGCGAGCUGGCGCUUUCCAAGAAAGCUUGUAUGAUUAUCGUGCUGUUUAACAAGAACAACGGGGUGAACUCUAAUGUUUUGGCACACGCGCCUUGCUCGGUCGGAAUUCUCGUUGACAGAAGCAGAAGCCCGUUCCAGAAUCUCGUUAAAAACUCGAUGCACCGCCACUUGGCGGUUAUUUUCCUAGGUGGAGCGGAUGCAAGAGAGGCACUAUCGUAUGCCGAUCGAAUGGCUGUAAAUCCGGAUAUAUCACUCACCGUAAUUAGGUUUCUGUCGGACGAAAACGAGGGAGAUAAUAAGAUGGAGAAGAAGCUUGAUGAUGGACUUGUGACUUGGUUUUGGGUGAAGAGCGAAGGGAGUAAUCGGAUAGUUUAUAGGGAAGUUGUGGUGAGAAAUGGGGAAGAAACGAUUGCUUCGAUCCAGGCUUUGGAUAAAGAAAGGUACGAUCUUUGGAUCGUGGGGAGGAAGAAUGGAAUAAAUCCGGUUCUUCUGAAAGGGUUAUCGAAUUGGAGCGAGAAUAACGAGCUUGGAGUUAUAGGAGACUAUGUUGCUUCUGCAGAUUUCGAUAGCAGGGCUUCGGUUUUAGCGGUGCAACAGCAAGUUUUACGAGGUCAAGACAAGGGUUCUUCGACUAGUGUAUUAGGAGGUUAUUCUUUCUGUACAAGAAAGUAGUAGAUAUUGUACAAGUGUACAUAACCAUCAAUCAAAUGUAAUUUUAGCAUGUAUGGAAGUUGUUAUUAGCUUAAA